AUGUGGAAGACUUUCCUGCUGCCCAGGGUCCUGACUUUGUGGCUCCUGGGCCUUCUGAUUCAAGCCCCGGGGUAUCGUGCAGAUGACCUCAUCAGGACUACUGAGUCUGGACAGAUCCAAGGGACUCAAGUCAGCAUCAAGGGCAUUGACAAAGCUGUCAAUGUUUUCCUGGGAAUCCCCUUUGCCAAAGCCCCUGUGGGGGCCCUGAGGUUUUCUCCUCCACAACCACCAGAUUCAUGGAGCAAUGUGAGAGAUGGGACUGCUCACCCACCCUCGUGCUUGCAGGAUGUCACUGUCCUAGCUAAAAUAGCAAAGGUCAUGAAAGUAAACAUCCCUACAAUUUCCAGUUCUGAAGACUGUUUGUACCUGAAUAUCUAUGUUCCUGUCCACAAAAAGGAGGGGGCUGGAUUGCCGGUGAUGGUGUGGAUCCAUGGUGGUGCUCUCGUUUUUGGCAGUGCUUCCAUAUAUGAUGGUUCUAUACUGUCUGCCUCCCAGAAUGUGGUAGUGGUGACCAUCCAGUACAGGCUGGGCAUCCUUGGGUUCUUCAGCACUGGGGAUGAGCAUGCACCUGGCAACUGGGGUUACCUGGAUCAGGUGGCUGCCCUGAGGUGGGUCCAGAAGAACAUUGCCCACUUUGGAGGAGAUCCUGGCCGUGUGACCAUCUUUGGGGAGUCUGCUGGGGGAACGAGUGUUUCCUCACAUGUUCUGUCCCCCUUGUCCAAAGGCUUGUUCCACAGAGCAAUCAUGGAGAGCGGUGCAGCCAUUGCCCCUAGCCUGAUUUCUUCCAGCUCAGAAUUGGUUUCAAAUGCCAUUGCCCUUCUAUCUGAUUGUGAGAGACACAAUUCUGCCUUGAUGGUUCAGUGCCUUAGAAGCAAGUCUGAGGAUGAGAUCCUGGCCAUUACCAAGGAUUUCAAGGUAAUCCCUGCAGUAGUUGAUGGUCAUUUCUUUCCCAAACAUCCUGAAGAGUUGCUGGCUGCAGGAGAAUUCCACCAUGUCCCUUCCAUCAUCGGUGUCAAUAAUCAUGAAUUUGGCUGGGUUCUUCCUAUGGGACUGAAUAUUCCUGGAUUUAAGGAAAACAUGGAUAAAAACAGUAUCCAAUCAGCAAUGCAAAAUCCGUUUUUGGGUCUUUCUCCUGGGCUUGGGCCUUUGAUGAUGGAAGAGUAUUUAAGAGAUACUGAGGACCCUGGAGAAUGUCGAGCUCAAUUCCAGGACAUGAUAGGGGAUUUGAUCUUUGUUAUUCCUUCCCUCAAAGUGGCCAAAUAUCAACACGGUCCCAGCUCUCCAGUCUACUUUUAUGAAUUUCAGCACCGGCCAAGCAUGUUUAAUGGUGUGAAGCCGGAUUUUGUGAAAGCAGACCAUAGUGAUGAGGUUCCUUUUGUCUUUGGAGUGCCUUUUUUAGGAGAUGGAAGAGAAGAGGAAAAACUCCUGAGCCACAGGAUAAUGAGCUACUGGGCAAACUUUGCUCGUCACGGGGACCCAAAUGGUGGAGACCUUUUUCAUUGGCCAGUCUAUGACCAGAAGGAAGAGUACCUGCAGCUAAAUUUGGAGUUGUCUGUGGGAAAGAGCCUGAGGAAGGAUAAGUGGGAGUUCUGGACCAAGACUGUGCCUCAGAAGAUGAAGGAAUCGCAGAUUGAAAAAGCCCGUGUGGAGUUGUGAUCUCUGAGCAUAACCAUUUUUGCAAUUGUUGCAAACCAAUAAUGCCCAGUCAUUUGCUUUGAGUAGUUCCUUGGUCUCAACUAAAGUUCUGAAUGAAA